AUGGAGCCGGUGCUCUUCGCGUGGGGUGCAAACAGCUACGGACAACUUGGUCUUGGUCAUAAAGAGGAUGUGCUGGUACCUCAGUCACUAAAAGAUGUUUCCUGCAAAUGUCAAGACAUUAAAAGCAUUACUGGAGGAGGGGGACAUUCUGCAGUUAUCACUGGUGCGGGAGAACUCUUUGUGUGUGGCCAUAACAAAGAUGGGCAGUUGGGACUGAAUCACACAGAGGAUGUACUGCAUUUUACUUUGUGCACUGCCCUGUCCGGCUUUUGUGUAAAACAAGUUGCCUGUGGCUGGGAUUUUACAAUCAUAUUAGUAGGAUCUGGCCUAGUUCUGUCCUGUGGAUCUAACUCUUUUGGACAAUUAGGAGUUCCUCAAAUAUCAAGUCCGUGCUUGAUUCCACAAAAGAUUGAGUCUCUCAAAGAGAAGGUGGUGGAUGUUGCUGCAGGACUGAGACAUGCCCUUGCUGCUACAGAGAGUGGUUUGGUGUUUCAGUGGGGAACUGGCAUGGUGUCUCGGGCAAAGCGUGCAAACCAAGGAAAAACCCUCCCCCUGUUCUUGACAGCAAAGGAGCCCUGUGAAGUAACAGGCCUGGAAGAUGUAAGGGUGAAGAGGGUUGCUGCAAGCUCCUAUCAUUCGGUGUCGCUUACAGGUGAAGGACACCUGUAUGUCUGGGGUAGCAACAAACAUGGGCAGCUAGUGAGCAAGGAGAUCUUUCUUGUUGAGCCCAAGAAGAUUGAGACUCAGUUUUUCUCACAUGACAAGAUUGGAGCAGUUUGGUGUGGCUGGACCCACUUGGUGGCACAAACAGAAACUGGCAAGGUAUUCACCUGGGGCAGAGCAGACUAUGGGCAACUUGGAAGGCAUGCAGUGGUUCCCGAUGGACAGGAGGCGUGCACAGCAUCUGAACAACACUUGGAGCUGUUGUGUAACACCCCUAUUUCAGUGCCUUGCCUAAAUGGAGCGUCUCAGAUUGCAUGUGGUUCAGAGCAUAAUCUGGCAGUAGUUGGUGGCCAGUGCUUCUCUUGGGGAUGGAACGAACAUGGGAUGUGUGGUGAUGGCACAGAAGCAAAUGUUCAUGUCCCGAAGCCAGUCAAAGCUCUUGGUUAUGCAAAAGAGAUCUUAAUUGGAUGCGGGGCGGGACACUCCAUGGCUCUUUGUCAAAGUCCAUGUUAG